GCCAGUGACGUCGCUCAUCCUCUUUCGUCCGCCCUUUACUGCGGGCAAACGAAGCUGCCGGGUCUUUUCGCUGCCAGAGUAAAGUGAAAAAAACAAAAUUGCGUUCACGUCUCCUAUUUUGAAAGAAUGCUAUUAAGCUGGAGGAGUUUUUUUUUUUUUAACAAAAAAAUUCGUCGACAAAUCGGAGAGAAGUCACGUUCCGUAACAUUCGUGUGCACCGAACAACGAAUUUCAAGAAAACCGAGUGGCUCGUUCAAGUGAGCAGCGAUUCAGUGUCGCCUUUGAAGACACGAAGCGCCGAGGCGUCUCGAACGCGCCCAAUAAUCGCGUGCCGAGGAGGAGGAGGCAGCAGCGGCUGGGAAUUGUCCCUUGUGGUGCCACGGUCGGUGCCCUGCACAGGCGAGGCGUGGACGGGUCGCUGACGUGCACUUGAAGCCUGUGCCAUGCGCGCGAAUCCCCGCCGUGAGUACCUGCCGAGCACAUUUGUUUCCAUAAUUAUCUAAAUCAAGUAGUCACUCCGGAAGCUCUGAAACAUCGCAGCUCCGCGAUUACAUUUUCUCUUCAAUGCAGUUGGCCUGCCUUUGUUCUACAGUUCUCUGCAGAAUGUUCUGACAAAAUUGACAAUUGCAGGCGAGUUUUUUUUUUAUCCUUCCUACGUUAUUUUCACUUUCAUUCGUUUGUGAAAGUGUUGAACGCUUAUUGAUUUAUUACGCAACAGAGCCGUAACCUGACACGUGGGACUGCCGCGUAAAGAGUAGCCGAUCGGUGCACUCUGCGUGGAGAAGACUACGACGACGCAUCCGAGAGGGAGAGAGACCUUUGGCGGAGGGGAGGGAAGGGGACCGAUGGAAAAGAGCGACGUCUACCGGGUCCUGCACCGAGGACUCAAGUGCAGCGUUCGUCCCCUGCCGCUCGACAUCGAACUCUGGCUUUACGUUCAAAAAACCAGGGGCAUGAAGAAGCCGAGGAUGGAGGCGUCGUGCCUGGAGUUGGCACUGGAGGGCGAGCGCCUGUGCCGGGCGGGCGAGGCGCGUGCCGGCGCCUCGUUCUUCGAGGCGGCGGUGCGCGUGGGCACCGAGGACGCGCGCACGCUGAGCGCCAUCUACAGCCAGCUGGGCAACGCCUACGUGUGUCUGGGCGAGCACGGCCGUGCGCUCGAGUAUCAUGGGCUGGACCUCACGCUGGCGCGGAAGAUCGGCGACCGCGCCGCAGAGGCCAAGGCGAGCGGCAAUCUGGGGAACCCGCUCAAAUUCCUCGGGCGCUUUGAGGAGGCAAUCGUGUGCUGCCAGCAUCACCUGGACGUCUCGCGGGAGAUCGGCGACCAGGCUGGCGAAGCGAGGGCCCUGUAUCUCCUGGGCAGCGUGUACCACACGCAGGGCAAGAGCCGGGGCUGCUCGGCGAGCCAGGACCCCGGGGAGCUGGGACCUGAAGCCAAGUUCUGCCUGGAGCAAGCAGUCAACCACUACCAAGCCAACCUGGCACUGGUGCGGGAGCUCGGAGACCGUGCGGCUCAGGGCCGAGCCUUCGGCAACCUGGGCAACACCUAUUACCUCCUGGGCUGCUUCAGCCAAGCCGUGGCCUGCCACCAGGAGCGGCUGGCUAUCGCACGGGAGUUUGGAGACAAGGGGGCGGAGAGGCGUGCGUACAGCAACCUGGGAAAUGCGCACAUCUUCCUCGGCCAGUUCGAGUCCGCCGCGGAGUUUUACAAGAAGACGCUGCAGCUGGCUCGGCAGCUGCGUGAGCGGGCGGUGGAGGCGCAGGCGUGCUACAGCCUGGGCAACACCUGCACCCUCAUGCAGGACUACUGCCGCGCAGUCGACUUCCACCUCAAGCACCUCGCCAUCGCACAGGAGCUGCAGGACAGGGUCGGAGAGGCGCGGGCGUGCUUCAGCCUCGGCAAUGCCCACUCGGCCCUGGGGAGCAACCGAGAGGCCGUGCGCUUCGUCACCAAGCAUCUGGAGCUAUCGCGCGAGAUCGGUGACCGCAGUGGAGAGGCCACGGCUCGGGCCAACCUGGAGGAGCUGCACGGCAUUCUGGCAAUCAACAACAACAACAACAACGAGGACAACGGCACGAAGCGCCCCAACGAGCUGCCCAUCCGCGGGAACGAGUUCACGACGCAGGGGGCUAGACCGAGAAUCAUCCAUAGGCACAGCGUGGACAACAUGGAGCUCAUGAAGCUCACCAUUGACAAGAGCCAGAACGGUGGUGACGAGGCGAGGAGUCCAGGCCAGGGCCGCCCACCGCUCGUCAAACAACUCUCCGGCUGCUCCUUCCUCCCGUCGCGUCUCAAGGGCCGCAAGUACCGUGAGGGCAUCACGACCGCCGAGCGGAGAUCCACGGCCGCCGCCGCAGCCGCCACCGCCGAUACAGACGAUGUCACGGUGCAGCUUCCCAACAUGAGGAUCAGCCCUGAACCGUCGUCGGACAGCGAAGGAUUUUUCGAGCAGCUGAGUCGAUCCCAGGCUGACCGCAUGGACGAUCAACGCUGUUCCUUCUUGUCCCCGGGAGACACUGCCUCUUCACUGACGGUGUCAACCAACAGGAACUCCCGCCUCCCGUCGCCGCAGACGGAGGAGUUGCUGGACCUCAUCAUGCAGACGCAGGGACGGAGGCUCGACGACCAGCGCGCCACGGGCUCCGACCUGCCCGGCCUCAACGUGGCUGAGUGCGGCGGAGCAGCGGCCGCCGGCGGAGGCCUCGGGCAGCUGCUGGCCAACGGGGAGGUCCCGCAGCCCGACGACGACUUCUUCGACAUGCUCGUCCGCUGCCAGGGCUCGCGCCUGGACGACCAGCGCUGCGCCCCGCCACCCGAAGCCCCGCGCGGCCCCACGGUGCCCGACGAGGACUUCUUGAGCCUGAUCCAGCGCACCCAGGCCAAGCGUCUGGACGAGCAGCGAGUGUCGCUGCCGCCCGGCCUGCGACGGCCCAGCACCUCCUGAGGACGCACGGCACGCACGGCACGCACGCACGCACGCACUCACUCACACCCCACCACCCCGCUGCUACUUGUCCAUUACAGUAUUUAUUUUUACACUUGCUGUGGUUAUUUCAGGGCGAAUGGGCACAGUGGCUGCGCGAAUGCACCUCUGGGUGCCGCGGUUUGCAGAUUAAAUUCCAGCCUCACCCCUCCUCCCGCGUCCCCCCCUCUCUUCACCUUCGACAUUAAGCUGCAGGAUCGUUAGUACUAAUGAGCGAGUGCAGACUCUGACCAGGUGAAGGUCCCAUGUUGUUUGUUUAUGAAGUGAGGCUGUUGUGUGUCAUGGCCGCAUUUCCUCCCCUUAUUUUCUAAAUUGUCAGACUGUUCUUUCCUGAAUGCUUGCCGAGGCUAAGUGUGCCUGUGUUCAGCCGGCACGAUACCCUUUUGCCGCGUCGCACUCGACGGCGACGUUUGAUGGCGGAGAUUGCGAUUGCAUCUUACGUUAAAUCUUCUGCUGCCGUUAAUUGCGCUUGCUGGAAAAUGCGCAGUCUGCUUUGGGACGGCUCAUCGCUGACCGACCUUUUCCCUCCGGCUUUCCUUCGGGUUCGGCACAGGUGUGGGAUGUCUGUUGCAGGGCGCAAAUAUUCGUGUGGGCAGUGGCGUUGUGUGGUUUACACAGGUCCCGGUGCAAGGAAUUAAAUGGGGCUCUUCUGUUCAAUUCCCCCCCCCCCCCCCCCACUUGGCUCUGGGUCCCCUGUGCAUUAGCACUGCCUGCGCGGCUUAUGGGAUGGUUAACCUAAGUUCCCCAUUGUCCCACAUUCCAUCUCACGUGGGUUAGCAACUGCACUAAAGUAACAUACCGUAUUUAGGAGGACAUUGAACAGGUUGCAUCAUAGGACCUCCUUUGCCAGUACCAAAAUAUACUAAUAUGGGGUUUCCCCUUUUUUCUGGCAACAAAACUGACACCUUUUUGCAAGGAAUGCAUCAAUUAUCAGAGUAAUUUUUUGUUUGCAUUUGACUGCAGGUAUUGUGGUUAAAUUAAACAUGAUUCCUUGCAAAAGGUGUAAAUUUUGUUGCCAGAAAAAAGGGGAAAACCCCUAUUAGUAUUGAACAGGUUGGCUGAUGCAAGACUUUAUUCUAAAAUGAAACAGUUAUUUGAUGUAAUAAAGUAUCCAAGCUUUUAAAGGUACGUUGCCAUUCUUCAAGAUUGGUUCACACUAUACACAAUGCUUAUAAAAAAACGUAAUCUAUUAAAUUAAAUAAUCAAGGUAUACAGUCCAGUAUUUGUAAUUGACUCUCUUGUGGUUUGGCAAAAUGAGAGUCUACAUUGUAACGGUUUUAGAAAUAGCCACAUAUGUAAGUUUAUGCUAAGCCCUAUAAAAUCCCAAGAUCAAUGAUAAUGUGGCUAUUGAAUGAAAACGCAGUAAACGUAUAUAUGUAUACCCAUAACGCUUGUGAAAGGAAAUAUUUUAUCGUGUGAUAACCGUUUAAUCAACUGCCACUCUGAGUCGCAUGGUAAUCGACUGUGUGCUGGGUUAUAGUUUGCAAUUUUUACUCUGCGUGCAUUAGAAGUAAAAUAUUGUGAGCCUUUAUGAAAUUGUGCGCGCUAUUGGCUUUAAUCACAUGGCCGCUGAAUAUCUCCUCUCUUCUACUUGAACCACCCUGCUGCAUUAUUGCCCAAAAAUCAGGUUUGGUCUCCCCAAUACCCUUCUGUUUGUGGUGAUUAAGUAAAUGUUUACUAAGAUAACUUGAGGGUUAACUGUCGCUCGGUGUGUUACAAGAUUUGCCAAUGCUUACUCUGCUAAUCUUUCCUCUUGAUACUUAAAGUAUAUAUGGUGGGUGGGCUACAUAUGAUAGUAAGUUAACGUAACUUAUUAGUGGUUUCAAUGAAUUUGGAAUGUUGGCCGGAACACACAGAUGUGCAUUCAAUUGCCGUUGUCAUGAGUUGAAAUUUUUGGAUAAAGGAGUGUACAGGGUUGCUCUGAGACCGGGUUACUUUCCUUGAAUUUUCCUUUGCAGUCGAGCUGUCUCGGGCAUUUGCAAUUUGUGUUUUAUAUUUUAGGGUUUGCAUUAAGUCGUUAAGCUUACAGUUGCACAAUUUUGCUUAACCGAACAAACAUUCCGAAUGAAAAUAGCAAACAAAUCUGUAACGGGCACAUACAUAGUGGGGGAAAUGUAAAAUUGUAUCACAUACGUAUAGUAUUGAAUGUAAUGUAUAUAAUUGUUGACUGAUUUGAUGCGAAUGCCGGUUGACAAUGUAUAUAUGCCGUACUCCUUAAGUAAUUUUUGGGUAACACUGUAAAUAUUCCAGCUCAUUUGGUUUAUGUGAUGACCAAGUAUGAUUGUGUGGCACGUACUUGGAAGUGAAUAAGACCUUCAAUAAAGAGGUUUGC